UGUGGAGGUGAUCUGAUGGAUGACGAUGAGAAGGACAGGGCAAAGAGGGCUUCACGGAACAAGUCUGAAAAGAAGCGGAGAGACCAGUUCAAUGUACUCAUCAAAGAACUCAGUACAAUGCUCCAGGGCUCCACACAUAAGAUGGACAAGUCUACUGUGCUGCAGAGGACAAUCGACUUCCUGCAGAAACAAAAAGAACUCUCUGCUCAGACAGACGCUUGUGAGAUCAGACAGGAUUGGAAACCUUCCUUCCUUAGCAAUGAAGAGUUCACACAGUUGAUGUUAGAGGCUUUAGAUGGAUUUCUCAUAGCACUUAGUGUUGAUGGAAACAUUAUUUAUACCUCCGACAGUGUUUCUUCCCUGCUUGGACAUUUACCGUCAGAUCUAGUGGACCAAAAUAUAUUGAACUUCCUCCCGGAACAGGAGCAUGCAGAAGUGUUCAAGCUGCUAUCAAACCAGAUGCUAAUGACAGAGCAGAUUACUCAUGACUACUCGAACAAUCAAAAUCACAUUGAAUUCUGUUGUCAUUUGUCAAGAGGGUCCUUAGAUCCGAAAGAUCCCCCCAUCUAUGAAUAUGUAAAAUUCGUGGGGAAUUUUAAAUUUCACAAUCUUGUGCCUACAUCAUCCUGCAAUGGUUUUGAAUCAGCCAUUUCAAGGUCAUUUAGAUCUGCAGGAAAGGAACAAGUCUGCCUUGUGGCUACAGUACGUCUUGUCAUCCCACAGUUUUUAAAGGAACUGUGUAAUGUUGAGGAGCCAUGUGAAGAAUUUACAUCCCGGCAUAGCUUAGAGUGGAAGUUUCUGUUCCUGGAUCACAGGGCUCCUCCUAUUAUAGGUUACCUCCCGUUCGAAGUACUGGGAACAUCUGGAUAUGAUUACUACCACGUUGACGACCUGGGACUUCUAGCAAGGUGCCAUGAACACCUAAUGCAGUUCGGAAAGGGCAAGUCUUGCUACUAUCGUUUUCUCACAAAGGGACAGCAGUGGAUCUGGCUACAAACUCAGUACUACAUCACCUUCCACCAGUGGAACUCCAAGCCUGAGUUCAUCGUCUGCACUCACACCGUCGUCAGCUACGCAGAAGUCCGUGCAGAGAGACGGCGUGAACUGGGCCUCAAGGAGUCUACCCCUGAGAUCCUGGCUCCAUCAGUCCUGAAGACUCAAAACUGCCACAUGGAGAGCAGGCAAUGUGAGAAUGUCCAGGAUGUUUCCACAGAGAAGCUCAGCGGCAGUCGACCAUGUUCAGUGUCAUCUCCAAGCUCGUUCAAGUCCUCUUACGAUGCACUGUCUGACACUCCUUCAACUGCAUCCAAGGUGCGUACUGAAGCAAGCACGCCAUCCAGGCAAUCAGUGAACACAAGUCUGCAGGACAAGUCCGCACCGAGGUCACAGCCAAUCAGCACUCAGGUUUUGAUGACAGGGCAGCCAUCAUCUGAAGCACAUCAGCAGCUGUCUGUGCCUCCAACCACGAUCUCCACUCAACGGCCUCCUGUGACCACGUACCCAUGCCCUGCACAGCUGGGUGUAAUGCAUCAACUGAAGGAGCAGCUGGAGGAGAGGACCAGGAUCCUGCAGGCCAACAUAAAGACCCAGCAGGAGGAGCUCUAUCACAUUAAGGAGCAGCUCCAACUUGUACACGAUUCCAAUCUCCAGAUGCUGUUUCAAGAACCCAUUUCCCUUGGGCUGAGCACAUCGGAGCACCAAGUUCAAGGGUCGCAGCAACAGCAGCCAGAUGUUAUCAUGCAAAAUUCAUACCUAUCCAACAAACAAAUGCAAACUCUUGUGGAAUCUGAUUUGCAUGCCCAGCAGUUGUCUUCAUCGCAACAACUCCUCAGGGAACCAAGUGUGAAAUCAGUACCGGGAAAACAGCAGUUCAUGAAAGAAGGGCAACUUCAGCGAGCAAACGUUCAAAUUCAAUCACAAAACAAUCUGGUCGCACCACUCUUCAGUAAUCCCAUGAUGUUUACUCAGACUACGACAGGGACUUUCCCAAUUUCACUGCCUUCUGACACCAGCCGAAGCCACUCCUGUGCUGACUACGGGCAUGACCGACAGCUAAGAUAUAUCCAAGAUCAGCAGAUGCUGACGGCACUAACAAUGCAGCCAAUUAGCUGUAGCACAGUCAUUUUGCCAUCUCCAAGUUCCAUGGCUCUCCAAUACCAAGGGUUCCCUCAACACCAGCAGGCCUCCGUUCCACAGCAACAUGCCCAUCAUUCCAGACCACUCCAACAACAACAACAUUACCUUCAGCAAGUGCUGCCAAGUGUAAUGAUGCAAGGCAGCCAAUCGCAGCCACUUUUCCUGCCUUCAGCCCAACACGUUAACAUGGAAUACCUCGCACAACACCAUUCCCGUGGAACGCAGAACGCCGUGGGAACAUGCUCGGACUUGUCCAACAUCCAGCUGCCGCGGUAA